AUGAUACGGCAGGUUACCCAGGUUACCAGCAGCUCCACUGAGUACUGCAUGAGUGCCAGGCCUUCAUGUCUGGCAGAGGAUGGCAGGCAUCCUGCUAGUCACUUCAACCUCUGCACUGCCCAGGUCAACAAGUUUUACCCCACACACCCUCCCAUGCCCUCCCUGCAGAUGUCCCUGUCCCCCCUCCCUCUGCCGACCCAGAGCCCUCUCAAAGCCAUGCCCUGCCAGAGGCUCCACGCCCACGGCACCUCACACACGCAGCCAGUCAGCACCAAGGACAACAACAACAACAACAACAAGCCCGAGGAAUCCAAAAAAAAAAAACAGCCAGGCAAGUCUGGUAGACGGGGAAGGCCACUGGGAACCACAAAGUCCGCCGGCUACAAAACCAGCACUGGCCGGCCCCUAGGAACCACCAGAGCAGCUGGGUUCAAGACCAGUCCCGGGAGACCGCUGGGCACUACCCGGGCAGCAGGCUACAAGGUCAGCCCGGGACGUCCUCCUGGCAGCAUCAAGACGCUGUCCCGCCUCAAAAAACUGACCUAUGACACGUGCAGUGGAGCAGCAUUCCCUUACCCUGUUAUGCACAAAAGAGAUUCGUGCCAAGCCUUACCGAAAGAGAACGAAGGCCAUGAGUGA